GAGGGGGGUAAUGCAGUUUUUCUAAAAUAAUAACAAAACUACGUACUUCUAACGUGAUUAUUAUGAUAGAAACGUAAAUAACUUCAUUAACUGCACGAAUUGCCUGUUACAACGAUUUACUGGCUUUUAUUGGCGGAUUACAAUACUCCUCGCAAAAUGGUCUACACAAUUGUAUUUUUUGUAUUAGCAACACUGCCACUUUUGAAUUCAGAAUACAUUCCACCCGGUCCUGCAUAUUCAUGCCCGAAGGAGACAACAUUAUUGUAUCCCUGUAUUUGUGAGAAAGGAACAGAUUCAGGGCUGUAUAUACGUUGUGAAAAUGCAGGUUUGGCUCUUAUCAGUGUGGGAAUUGGCAACAUAGCUGGUAUGGGGUUGCCAAUAGAGAGACUGUUGCUGAAGGAAUGCAAAUUUACAAACCUCUUUGGCUCAUUACUCCAUAGAUCGACUGUACGUAUCUUGGAGAUAGUGGACACACCUAUUACGAGCAUUGAAGAGUAUGCUUUUGCCGGUGUAAAUAGAACAUUGCAGGAGAUAUACUUGACAAAUACCAAGAUCAUCGAUUUUCCUAAGGAGGCUUUUAAGAUCUUGGGUAACCUUUCAGUAUUGUCUAUUGAUGGACACCAAAUGACUAAAUUGAGUAAGGACAUGUUCGCCGGCAGUGAAGCAGUGGGCAAACUGGAGAGAUUACACCUUGUCAACGGCUUAAUAUCUGAUAUACCCAUAGAAGCUUUUCAGAACCUGCGUAAGUUAAAGAAGUUAGAUCUGCACGGAAACAGGCUUGUGACCUUGAAGAAGAAUCAGUUCAAGGGACUCCGGGACACCGAUGUCUUGGAUUUGAGUCACAACAAUAUCACGAGGCUGGACGGCACUCACAUCGGGGACCUGACCAAGCUGGGCUGGUGCAACGUCAGCCACAACGACAUCAAGGAAAUACCCCGGGGAAUGUUCGCGAGGAACAAUCUACUGAAAGUCCUGCAUUUGGACAAUAAUAAAUUGAAGAAAUUGGACACGAACAGUUUCCGAGGAAUGAGGUUUCUGAGGCGUUUGUUCCUUCAAGACAAUCAGAUCUCGGAUAUAGGCAGGGGGACCUUCUCGGCCGUGACCAGAAUAGGCACCGUGGACCUGGCGAGGAAUAAAAUCAAGAAAAUCGACUAUCAAAUGUUUCAAUCGGUCAAAUUUGCUGACACGAUAAACUUGGCGGAGAACGAGAUAACCGUGAUCGAAGCCCAGGCUUUCACGGACCUAUAUCUGGCGACGGUGAACGUCUCUCACAACCAGCUCUCGAAGAUCGAACCGAAGGCCUUCCAGAACUGCAACAACCUGACCGUGCUGGACUUGCGCUACAACAACCUGACGGUCAUCGAUAGGAGCGCCUUCGACGAGAACACAUACGCGUAUGAAUUGAAUGUCGCCCACAACCACAUCACGGAUUUCAGUCAGAUCCCCAUACAGAACAUGACGGGCAUAAGGAUCUUGAACGCGACCUUCAACCAGAUCACCGGGAUACCGAAAGCGGCGUUUCCCAAACUUUACGAGCUCCACACCGUCGAUCUGUCACACAACAACAUCAGCGACAUCUUUAAUGCGGUCUUCCAGAACCUGUUCUCCUUGAGAUUCGUGAAUUUGAGCCACAACAGCUUGGAGCGCAUAAAACCCGCCAUGUUCGGCACACUACCCACCGUCUUGGAGCUGGACCUGUCGCACAACCUGCUGAGCGACGUGUCAAGGGGCGGGCUCGCCAAGCUGGCCAGCUGCCGCCUCCUGGACAUGAGCCACAAUCAACUGGAGAAGAUAUUCCAGAUACCCAUCAGUCUGGGCGAAUUGAACAUAGCGCAUAACAAUCUGAGAGAGAUAAAAUCGAACACGUGGCCUUCGAUGAACGCUCUGCUGCGUCUCAACCUGUCGGCCAACAUGCUCGGCGACAUGCUCGCCAGCGACAGCUUCUCCAGUCUGCUGACCUUGCAGACUCUGGACUUAUCAUCGAACGGGCUCACCAGACCGCCGUGGGAGGCCCUGAGCAGUCUGACGAGCUUGCAGUAUAUAUAUAUGCAGGAUAACAAUCUGACGUCACUAAGCAAGUCGUCAUUUGGAAACCUGCCCACGCUAUUCGCGCUGGACCUGUCGCGCAACGCCAUAGCUUCCGUGGAGCGCCGCGCUUUCAAUGGCCUGCAGCAGCUACUGGACCUCAGGCUAUCAGGGAACCAACUGGAGCACGUCCCCAACGAGGCCUUUAAGGGCCUGGUGGCGCUCAGGAAGCUCGACCUGUCUCACAACUUACUGGAGAAGAUUGACAACAAAACAAACGGACUCCUGGACGACUGUCUGUCCUUGGAGACGGUCAACCUGAGCCACAACAACAUCGGCUUCCUAACGAAGAAGAUGUUCCCGGCGAGCCCCUGGAUCCCGUACAGACUGUCGGAGAUCGACCUGAGUCACAACUCGCUGGCGGUCGUCACGCACGACAUAACGGUGGGCGCGGGGCGCGUGCGGAGGCUGAGUCUGGCCGGAAAUUACAUCAACGACAUCAGGAACAAUGUCCUGGGCAACCUGACCUCGCUGGAGACCUUGGACCUUUCGCGGAACAACCUCAAGGACUUAGUGUCUAAAACAUCGGAAAUGAAAUUCUCUUUCCCCGGGAACAUAACGGAACUGUAUCUCAACGACAACGAGCUAGAGGAUCUCCCGGUCAAGGAGCUGAUGAAGGCUGACAAACUGAAGGUUCUGGACGUCAGGGGCAACCGGCUGACCAGCUUCGACCCCCGGCUGGUCGCGAGGGUCCGAGACCGGAGCUUGCAGGUCUACUUCGAAGGCAACACUUUGUUAUGCGACUGCUUCGCUCGGCCCCUGAAGCAUUACUUAAACAAACUGUCCCAGACGUACUUGCGCGGCGACGCUAAGUACUCAAACGUGAGCUGCGCUGAGCCUCCGAGCCUGGAGAACGUGAGCAUAUUGGACGUGGACGAGGAAAGGCUGCUGUGCGCUGGCAACAUUGAGACCGACGAGAAGAUAAAAGAAUAUGGCAACACCGCGGACGAGUCAUUCGAUUUCAUAACGGAACCAGACUUGGCCUUCAGGGACAUACAGUAUUCCCAGGAGGCGAUCUACGUGCACUGGUACGUGAGGUCGGCGGGGGAUGUAGCCGACACGCAGCUAUACGUGCGGGGGCAGGGGGGGGACGUGUUGCACGCCGCGCGCGCCCCCUACACCGCGCGCUCCUACACGGUCCCCCUCGACGCGGGGGUGCGAGGGGCGUUGGGGGGAGGCGGCGCGCUGUGCGUGCAAGCCGUGACGUCAGCGGGCGCGCCCCGACGCUGGUACCCCUCGCAGUGCCAACCAAUAAACGGGCGUCUCCACCUAUGGCCCAAGACGCUAAACGUGGAUAAGCGGAGACUGUCCCGGCCCAGGGGACGCGCCACCAGCAGUGUCCUAGGACUCGUCAGCGACUCUAUCCUGAUCACGCUGUGCAUAUUCCUGGGGGUCUGUCUGAAGAUAACCGACGUUGAGCUAUGAGACCGGGACUACUCCCACGGCUGAACCUCGUGUUUGCGUCUGACUUCAAUAAUUGAGGUUAUCAAUUCGACUGUAUUUAUUGUGACGUGUCUCAAAUCUUUUUUCUAGGUGAAGAAAGGAUUUUUUGUUGUUUUUAUUAAUUUAUUUGAUGGUCUCUCGCGUAGUUCCUAAUGCUAUCCAAGAACCGACCGGCGAUCCCAAGAUCGCCCUCAAUAAUACAAAUCCAACUGAUUUCGAUGACUAUGACGAUUUUCUAAUUUAAUUUCGGCUAAAAAGUGCUGCUAUUCGUUGAUUUUUUUUUUGUAUUUUAUGACCUGGUA